AUGUUUGCACAAGAGGAGGGAAAAAAACGUUUUACAAAUUUUAUACGAAAUAGCUCAAUGUGCUGUGACUUUCCCCCGGGGGAUUCUUUGGGAGCUAAUUACAUGAAUAAUCUGAAAAACAAAUUAUUUAAUUUUGGUAACAUAGAUUUGAAUGAAUUGACUGAAGGAGGAAGAACUGAAGGUCGAAACAAUACAGAGAAAGCAUUGAGUGCUCCAAGGAUAGAUGGAAAUAGAAACACAAAUGGUAGCGAUAGUGGAUGUGUAAAUAUGAGCAGACAUAACAGUAUGGAGGUCACUGGAGUCUCUAGUGGAGAGUUAAGUGGAAAGGUAAAUAUAGAAUCGAAAGUUGAACAGAACGGAAAUAAAGUGACUGAAAAAGUAGACAACAUAAGUUAUGUGAACGCUGAAUCUUAUUAUAAGAAGGAAAAAUUAAACCAUGGUAAUAGUAAUCCCCCAUUGAAAGAGAAGAGGGAACGAAGUCCAAGUGAUUAUCUAAACAUGAAGAAAAGUAAACUAAUUAACAACUUAAAUUUUUUCAUGCGUGUGUGCUGCAACAAGAAUUCGUACAUAAAAUUCAUUAACCACUACUUUAACAUAAUAUAUAGUAACAACAUUAGCAUAUUAUUUAAAUAUGAAGGAAUUUUGCAAAAGUUUGAUGAAAAAAAUGAGAUGAAUUUAACAGAACAUGACUAUUAUAAUGGGUAUAUGAAACUGAACCAGGUGCCAAUUGUUAUAUAUGCGAAUAGCAGAAGCAGUGGAAAAGAGAACAUUGAAGACAUUAGCAAUAACUUGUUAAACGAGAUGAAAAUAGACAUAGAAACAAACCAAGAAUGUUUGAGAAAUAAUACUAACCUUGAAUAUAGUGUUUUAAAUUUCAUCAACAUAUAUGACAAUUUAACAGUAAAGUUUUUCAAUCACAUUUUUACAAAAAUUAGUAACAGUGAAAUGAAUAUACAUAAUGCAAACAUCGAUAGUAUAAUUCAUAAUUUUCUAUAUAAAAAACAUUUGUUAAAAGAAAACGUUUUCAAUUUACUAUUAAAUAUAAGCAAAGCCUAUGAAAUAAAACAUGCCAGUGUUCUUGUGGAUAUAAAAAAUGACGAACAUGUGAAGGAAAAAAAUGAAAAAAUAAUUUUUGAAAUGCUCAAGGACAAGGUCGAGGGAAGACGUAUGCAUUCAAAGCAGAGGGAUAACACAUCUUCUGCGAAUAUUUCUGUGUAUGGAAAGGGGAGAAACAUAGUGAAUAGUGUAGAGAAGAGCAUGCAGAACGGUGUAGAGAAGAGCAUGCAGAACAGUGUAGAGAAGAGCAUGCAGAACAGUGCAGAGAAGAGCAUGCAGAACAGUGUAGAGAACAGUGUGGAUAACAGAGGCGAUAAUAGAGAUCAUCAUAAGACCCUUAAAAGCACUGAGUGUAAUAUGCAUGAUCGUGCUUUGCAUGGUUCCUAUGAAAAUCGGAGUGGAUACAAUUAUGAACAUGUUCAGGAGGAAUAUGGAAAAAAGGGAAUGGAAAAUGAUGAUCAUGAUAAUAUAGAUAAGUGGAGUAAAUCAGAAAUGAAUAUGUCGACACGUGAUGAAAUAAACGAAUUGUCUAGUAAAGGGAAAGAGAUUGAAGAAUCAGCUGAUAUGUUUUGUGAAAUAAAAGAUGCGAAUAUUAACAAUAGCAAUUUUAAUAACAUGAUUAGCAAUAACACAGAUGUGACUACGACAACAAUCGGGAGUGGUAUGUCUACAUCUACUGGAAUUACCAUUGAGAACACUCCUAAUUUUCAAGCCGAUUUGACUAUAGAGGAUAGAAAAACAAAUGUGAAAAAGGAAAUGACAUCCAUGAGUUUGAUUAGCUCAAUCGGAGAAAAGGGGGCUCAAUGUGAUGGGGAAAAUAGCCGUGGUAUUUGCGUCGAUUGUGUUGGUUGUGGAAGCCAUAGUAAUUGUAGUUACAUGUUCAGAAUGCAGAAUGGAGAAAACUGUCUUUUAGAAGACAUCAAAGAAAUGCUAAACAAGGAAAUAGACUCAUAUGACAACUAUUACAGUAAAAACAUGGAGGAUGAAGAAGAAGAAGAAAAAGAAAAGAAUAUGAAUCUUAUAGAGAAUAUAUAUACCUUUUUGAAAAAUAAUGUAUUCAUCCCAAGUAACAAUAUUUAUACGGAUUUUAUUGAAAAUGGGAAUGAUAUAUUUUUAAGUAAAGUAAAAAAAAACGACAAAGCUACAUAUUUUAAAUUAAUAGAAAGAUUUGAUCGGAUGUAUAAUCUAAUAAAUGAAUUCAAGAGUAAUCACACGAUAAAUGAAGUAAAUGAAGAAAAUGUUAGCCAAGACAUGAGCGAACAAUUUCCCAAACUUAGAAAGAGAAGAUGUAGUAAUGAUGAAUACGAACUUAGAAGUUCUAGUCACACGAGAAGAUCUUUGCGAAAUUGUAAUAGCAAGAAGAAUCAACCGAUUAAGAGAAGCAAAAGAAUUAUCAAAAAAGCUCAGAUGUCCAAAAUUAAAAAAAUGAAGUAG